AUGAGAGUACUCAAGGAGGCUGCUGCUGCCACAAAGGAGUCAUCAGAGGCAAAAAUUCAAGAAUUAGAGGCAAAUCUUAAGAUUAGUCGAUUUGGCCUGGAAAGGUUCUCUAAAGAUAAUGCUCUUGUGAGAUUUUACACAGGUUUUCCAACUUAUGAUCACUUUAAGCUAUUUUUUGAACUUGUUAAACCAACUGCAGAAACAAUGGUUUAUGUGUAUGCUUCAGGAAUAGGUGCAAACAGGCCAGGAGUACGCAAGAUGCAACUGAUAGAUGAGCUUUUUUUAUUUUGUGUUCGAUUGAAGCUUGGUUUAUUUGAACUGGACUUUGCCCAGCGUUUUAGUUUGCAUGUUUCUAGUGUGAGUAGAAAAAUAACAACUUGGGCCAAUUUUUUGUACUUCUUUCUUGGCAAUCAGCCAAUAUGGCCAACUAGAGAGUGCAUUAAUGAACUUAUGCCAGAUAGCUUCAAAGAGCUGUAUCCAUCGACACGUGUCAUCAUUGACUGCACUGAAAUUUAUGUCCAAACCCCUUCUUCAUUGCUAUUACAGUCUCAGUUGUAUUCAUCGUACAAGUCUAGCACUACUUUAAAAGGUUUAAUUGGGAUUGCUCCUCAUGGGGCUAUCACAUUUGUUUCUAGCCUGUACACUGGUUCGAUAUCAGACAAAGAAAUAACUCGUUGUUCUGGCAUUUUGGAUCUUCUGGAGGCACAUGACAGUGUCAUGGCAGAUAAGGGAUUUGAUAUUGAAGAUCUUUUAAGCAGUAAACAAGUUUCUUUGAAUUUGCCACCCUUUCUUCAGAAUCAAACUCAAUUUUCAGCCCAGGAUGUUUUGGAAACAAAAACUAUUGCAAAAGUAAGAAUCCAUGUGGAACGUGCAAUAAGAAGGAUAAAGGAAUUUCAUAUAUUUGACUCUGACAUCUCAUUGUCUAUACUGGGAUCUGUCAAUCAACUGUAUACAGUUGCCUGUUUGUUGACUAACUUUCAAGGUGCACUGAUCAAAGACACAGAUGACAGUGAUACCACUAACAACUAA